AAAUAAGGCUAUUGUAGCAAAUGAACAAUUCCAUUUUUUAUUGACCAAAUCCGACACUCUCAUUGGCCAUAAAAUAAUAACCUCACUUCGUGGUCUUAUUUUCGUGGACAGAUUUUGGGCGGAGUAAACCCUCUCGCUUCAUCUCUUCCUCUCUGGCUAUACCUGAAGUUUUGAGGACUCUUCUGGAAUUUGGGAUUUUCUGUGGAUUUUCUGUGAAUACUGAGUGGACCCAAUUGAUCUCUUCUAUAUUAUUGAGGAUUAAUCUUUAAUUUAUUAACCAUUUAUUUAGUGAAAUGGCAAACGCGGGGAUACAGCUCCUUGGAUUCGUCUUGUCUUUUCUUGGCUUCAUCGGGUUGAUAGCAUCCACGAGCAUGGCCGAGUGGAAACUGUCAUCCUAUGCUGGGGACAACAUCAUAACAGCGCAAGCCAUGUACGAGGGGCUUUGGAAGUCUUGUGUGUCACAGAGCACUGGUCAAAUCCAGUGUAAAGUGUACGAUUCACUGCUCCAAUUAACGGGGAUGGUGCAGGGCACACGAGGUCUCAUGGUGGGUGCCAUCCUGUUGGCUGGCAUUGCGAUCCUGGUGGCUAUGGUGGGCAUGAAGUGUACCACCUGUCUGGCUGAGGACCAGGAGAAGAAGGACAAAGUUGCCCUGACUGGAGGAAUCGUCAUCAUUAUCGCAGGUCUGUGUGCUCUGGUGGGGACUUCCUGGUACGGGAACAGAAUAGCAAAGGAAUUCUACGACCCCUUCACUCCUACAAAUUCCAGGUAUGAGUUUGGCAAGGCCCUGUUCGUAGGUUGGGGCUCUGCUUGCUUCACCAUCAUAGGUGGAGCCUUCCUCUGUUGCAACUGCUCCAGUGAAGGCUCAGGAAAGUCCUCCCGCUACCCCCCGAACCGCUCCGCUGCCCCACCAGGCAGAGACUACGUCUAGAGCCUGGGGAUAUCCAGGAGACCAGGGUCGUGUUCAUUAGGGUAGACGUUUCGAAAUGUUGUGCAAUGGAAAUUGAAAGCAAGCCUUUACUUACUGGUCAGGUAGUGCCUUCCCGUUUCACUCCAUUUAAGUCCGUUUUCCUCUGUUUUGUGCUGAACAUGACCCACCUCCAUCCAGCCACUCUCUAUUCUGGGUACAGCACUGCCUAGGGUCAAAGCUGGGGUUAUUUUUGUUGAUUUGAUGGUUGGUUUGGUUUGAUUCAUGAUUUCUAUUAUUUUCAUUUCUGGUUGUUUUACUGUGAGACACUCCACUAGCAAGCAAUAUA